AUGCCUGGAGAUGGCACCUUCCCUCUUCCUUAUACACACGGCCCCAGCAGCAGCAGCAGCAGCAGCAGCAGCAACAGCAGCAGCAGCAACGGAAGCGGCGCUGCAGCACAAGCGAACAGACUGCAGCAAAGCUCGCCUGCUGGGAGAGAAGACGAAGGGGGGGGCGGCAUUCUGCCUGGAGAUACAGAUGAGGACCCAGUAGAAAACCAGUACAGCAGCAGCAGCAGCAGCAGCAGCAGCAACCGCAGCAGCAGCAACACGACCAGCAGCAGCAGCAGCAGCAUCAACAGCAGCAGCAGCAGCAGCAGCAGCUCUACAAGCUGGAUGCCCAUUCGGAGGGGUGGAGAAGAAGGCAGCGAAGAAUAUGAAGAACAGGCAGAAGACGAGCAACAGCAAACGCCUGCAGCAGCAGCAGCAGCAACAGCAGCAGCAGCAGCAGCAGCAGGAGACACAGAAGAAGCAGCAGCAGCAACAGAAGCAGAAGCAGAAGCAGCAGCAGCAGAAAGAGAAGAAGAUAACAGAGACGAGUCUUCGCUGGCUGCUGCUCUCCCCCUGCGGCGAGGGGACCGCCCCACCACCGGAGCCGCUGCGGCUCCCGCAGAAGCAGCAACAGCAGCAGCAGCAGUAGCAGAUCCUGCUGCUGCUGCUGCUGCUGCUGCUGCUGCAGGUUCAUCUACAAGGCUUGAUGAGGGUGAGUCAGAGCUGCUGCUGCCAGAGGAGGAGGCAGGAGCAGCACCGGGCGGUGUACAGACACCUGAAGCCGCUGCAGCAGCAGCUGCUGCAGCAGAGACAGAAGCAGAAUAUGCAGCUGCGCGUACACCCCAGCAGACAGAAGAAGAAGGCGGGCUAGAAGGAACAGCAGCAGGCAAUAUCGAUGAAGCAGCAGCAGCAGCAGCAACAGCAACAGCAGCAGCAGCAGACGCAGAAGCAGCGCAGCAGCAGCCUCGAACGCAUCCUGCAACGCCAGCUGCUGCUGCAGAGGACGAACCUUCCACUGGUGAUGCAGCAGCAGCAGCAGCAGCAGAAGCAGCAGCAGCAGCAGCAGCAACACCAGCAGCUACACUACCUGAAGAGGCAGCAGCAGAAGAGAGCGCCCGGGGAUUCGCUGCAGCAACAGAGGAAGCUGUAGACGCAGCAGCAAACGCAGAGGAGGGUGCACUGCCAGCUGCAUCAGCAGCAGCAACAGCAGCAGCAGCAGCAGCAGCAGCAGCAACAGCAGCAGCAGGAGGGCCCAACGCAAACGCCCAUGAAAUAGCUGGGCAGCAAAACCCUCAGCCGGCUGCAGCAGCAGCUGCUGCUGCCAGACCCAGGCCGCCCCCUUCGCCCUCCUCUGCAGCAGGAACAGCAGCAAGAGGAGCAGCAGCAGGAGGAGCUGCUGCAGCAGAUACAGCAGCAGCAGGAACAGCAGAAGAAGCAGCAGCAGAAGCAGCAGCAGCAGCAGCAGCAGAAGAGAGACACGAGUCUGGUGGCCGCAGCGGUGUGGGGCCUCCAGCGAAUGGGUCCCCUGGGAUGAGAGCUGGGGGGAAGAGGUGCACUGGAUAG